AUGGCUACUGAGGGCAUCUUCUCUGCGUACAACGCUCCCCCAGCUUCCGUGGUCAGCGAACAGUCGCAACCGCUUCACAGUGUAUUGAAUACAGGCGAGAAGGAAAGUGAAAGCUCUUUCUUCGAAAAAUCGAAGGCGGCAGCCGGCGCCGAAAAUUCACAGGCUCUCAGAUCUCCGCAGCAAGUCAAGCCAACUGCGGAAUCGUCUACAGAGCACCCGCUCAGCGGCUCCAUCGCAUCUUCGGAACCCACUGCCCCAGUAGAGAGUCGACAUGGAGAGACCGAAGCUGCCAAACCAGAGCCAGUGACCGGCGAAAAACGUGCUUUUGAUUCUACUGUCAUCGCUAAUUCGGCCCCUGCUCCCCCACCGGUCCCAGCCCCUGCUCCUGCUCCAGUCUCUGAAAUCCCGGCUCCAGCAGCUCCAGCCCCUGCACCUAUUCCUGAAGCUACUUCUUCAACUGAGCCUAUCAAUCAUCCGGCUCCGGCUCCAGCUUCGGAUGAAAGAGAUAAAUCGCUCUCUGAGAAGUCGGACGAGCCACAAGCCAAGAAGCAGAAAGUCGACCCGGAGCCUUCCAACAAUUCCAAUGGCUCUGCACCUUCAGGUUCUGUGGGAGAGGCCAACGGCGAACAGAAGAAGCCCGCGCGCCCCAAGAAGGAGAAGGUGAAGGAUGCCGUGAAGAAAAUCAUCCCGGGUGAUGGGAUCGGUAGCCGCACUCGCAGCCGUACCAAGCCCACUUAG